GGGGCGUCGCGCGGUCGCAGCUACUGCUCCUGCCGGCCUCCAAUUGAAACUUUUCAACAUUCGAGUUUCACCGUCGAGCCACGAUGAGGCCCAGAGGGGUCCCCGUGGCGGUGCUUCUGCUCAUCUCCGCCUCCCUGGUAGUCCAGGCUUCACCAUCUGAGGAUCUGUACUGGGAGGGCGAAGAGGAUGCUUCCAACGAGUUCCUCGAGGUCAAGGACGAAGACAUCGGCAUCAGCGGUCACCUGAAGAGGCUGAAACGAGAUUUCUUCGACUUUCUAUCUCCUUUCACCACUUCGACUACGUCGACGACAACACCACCGCCUCAAGAGGAGAUCGCUACCGAGGAUCCGGACGCUGAUCAGACGGAAGAUGUUGAUCACGGUUCGGGUUCCCACGAUCCAGUCGAGGCGGAUCUCAAAGAAAAAACGUUACGCGUGACGUUUGUCGUGAUCCAGCCGUACCAGUCGGAGUACUCCAACAGGGAUUCAGAACAGUUCCAGAGCUUUUCCAAGGCCAUAGCCGACGCCGCCAACCUGCUCUACGAGAAACAGAAACUCCCCGGGACACAGAAAGCUAGUCUGGUCCGCAUACAGUCACGUAUAUCUGACGACUUCUCCUGCAAGGUGACAAUGGACAUCAUCACCUCAGGCUAUGACGACACCGAUCGGAUUGCGCAAAUUUUACGAGACCACAUCAGGAACCAUUCUCGCCUUGGCUCUGUAGUUGUCGACAACCGAGAAGAAUUGAAGACCAACGUCAUUGAUCCAGGGUACACCGAACCACAGUGCAGCCCGGAUGAAAUUCAGUGUGGCGACGACACGUGCGUUCCAGGCUCCCGCCGCUGUGACGGCAUUAACGAUUGCUCAGAUGGAUCCGAUGAAAGAGGAUGUCCUAGUGACAUCUGGUCCGAGCAGGAUAUGGACCAAAGCCAAAUAGCCCCAGACUGCGAGCGUUACUCGUGUGCUAGCUCUUCUAAGACCAUUUGCGUUGAGAAGAGAUGCGACAGUUUCAUGGACUGUCCCGAGGGCGAUGACGAAGAUAACUGCAAAGCUGUGACUGAUCGUGAAAGCGAGAAUGAAAUACCAAGAGGUGAUACUGAUGGGUCAGUUGACGUUUUCGAUAGCGAAACUACUACUCCUGCGUCCACUCGUGAAACAACGACUCCUCGCGAGUCUUUCACGUGUCCCCCAGGAGAGUUCUCCUGUGACGAGACCAGAUGCGUGAGCUUCGAGAAGCGUUGCGAUCGCCGAGCUGAUUGCUACGAUGGCGCCGACGAGCAGGGAUGCGAUACUGGCUCCCAAGUCAUGGUCCGCCUACACGAUCCAAAGCCAACGCAGCGUUCCCGGCUUGGAAUGUUGAGUGCGUAUGUAGGCGGACGUAUGAUGUUCAAGUGUUGUAACCACAUUAGUUUAUCGCUCAACUGCUCUCUAGCAACUGAUCUCUAA